AAUCUGCUUGACUGAUCCAACAACACGCUUUGAAAAACAGCUUCGUGACCCUCCUCUCACAUACGGACACUUUUACAAGACUAAGUAAUGGGUUAACGCGGAUCAGCCAUGGUGGUGACCCAUCUGGCCCUCGAGCUGCGUUUCCAGGGGAAUAAGCUGAGGGGCUUCACGUGCAAGCUGACCCGCUCGGCCCACGGCGUCCUCCCCGAGAGCUCAUGGGCCAUUGCCUUCCAGGUCCUGCUUCCAUACCUGGUGUCCGGCCUGGGCAUGGUGGCAGCCGGGAUAGUCAUGGAUACAGUGCAACACUGGGAGGUGUUCCAGGAGAUCUCGGAGGUGUUUAUCUUGGUGCCGGCCCUGGUCGGGCUGAAGGGGAAUCUGGAGAUGACAUUGGCAUCCAGACUGUCAACUGCAGCCAACACGGGGCAGAUGGACGAGGCUCGGCAGAAGUGGAGGAUGGUGAUCUGUAAUCUGGCUCUCAUUCAGCUCCAGGCCACGGUGGUGGGCUUCCUGGCAGCCGUUGCAGCGGUGGGUCUUGGUGUUCUGACCCGGGGGAGACUGAAUAUUAUCCAGGCUUCUGUCCUGUGUGCCAGCAGCGUCACCACUGCCUUUGUCACUGCACUGUCUCUAGGUCUGGUGAUGGUGGCGGUCAUUAUUGGAUCCAGGAAAGUGGGCAUCAACCCAGAUAAUGUGGCCACGCCCAUCGCCGCCAGCCUCGGAGACAUCACCACUCUGUCUUUGCUUGCCGGGGUCAGCAGCCUCUUCUUCAGCCAUAGAGACAUGUGGUAUUUGCCCCCUGCCAUGUGUUGCUUCUUCCUGAUCCUUAUCCCACUGUGGUUCACAAUCGCUCGUCACUCUCCAUCAAUCAGAGAGAUCCUCAAGUCAGGCUGGACACCGGUCAUUUUGGCCAUGUCAAUCAGCAGUAUUGGUGGUGUGAUUCUGGAUAACACGGUCAGCAAUCCAGACUUUGAGGGCAUGGCCGUGUUGACUCCAGUCAUAAAUGGUGUAGGGGGGAAUCUCGUGGCCAUCCAGGCCAGCAGGAUGUCCACCUAUCUCCACUACUGGAGUGUUCCCGGGGUUCUUCCAUCAGAAACGAGCAGGAACUGUCCUGGACCAUGUGCUACCUUCUGCUCCUCAGAUGUGAACUCCAAAUCGGCCCGAGUCCUGGUCAUACUCGUCGUCCCCGGUCACCUCCUCUUCCUGUACUUCAUCCACCUCCUGCAGGGAGGCCAUACCGCCAUGACUCCCACCUUCAUCAUCUGCUACCUGUCUGCAGCUCUGCUUCAGGUGGUGAUUCUGCUGUAUGCGGCCAGUCUGAUGGUGCGAUGGCUGUGGAGAAGGGGACAGGAUCCAGACAACUUCUCCAUCCCUUACCUCACAGCUCUGGGAGACCUGUUGGGGACCGGUUUACUGGCCUUGAGCUUCAGACUGAUUCUGAUGCUCAGUUCUGCUAGGACUGGAGUUUGAUCCUUACCUGUGGGUUUUGUACUUCCUGAAUGUAAUGUCCAAUAUAUGCAAGUGGCUGAAAUAAGCUGCAUAGAUCACAGAAAGAAACAGAGCGUAAUUAUAGGAUUAUAUUUGUGCCACAUUACUGUACCCAUAAUGAGACAAACACAUAUUUUUUUUGCAAUUGCCAAGAGUGAUUAUGCAAGAAUAAUUCAAUUUUAAAUGGUAAAUGUACUUCAGCUUGUACAGCGCUUUUCUAGUCUUCUAGUCUUCUGACUACUCAAAGUGCUUCAACACAGAUGGUCACACCUACACAUUCACACACUGAUGGCAGAGUUUGCUAAAGUGUCCAUCAGUAUUAACAAAUCCCAUUCAUACCGAUGCAUCAGCGAGUUAAGUGUCUUGCCCAAGGACACAUUGGACAUGUGGCUGCAGGAGCUGGGGAUCAAACCCUCGACCUUCCGGUUAUGAGACAACUGAUUCUACCAACUGAGCCACAGCCGCCAAAAAAAUUGGCUUGAUUAUAGAGUGCCUUGGCUGUGAAGGUGGAGCAACUUGGUGUCCCAACCAGUCGAUUUAGUAACUUGUUCACGUGUCAUUGUAUAGAAAGCCAGAGAAUCUGUUGAAGACUGAAGGACUGAUGUUAUGAUUUUGUGCUCACACAGGUACAGUUAC